UCUCGGAGUGAGAAUUCAUCCAUACCUGUCUGAACAGGGAGAGCCGGAUUGCUGUAGGGCAGAGGGAAAGAAAGAAUAAUAAUAAUAAAAGAGGAGUCAAGCUGGAAAAACAAAAGAAAGAAGGAUAGUAGGAGGAACGUGUGUGAAGAGAACAGGAACUGGAGUCUGUUAUAGACCAGUUUAUUGAGACCUUCACAUUUGCUUUUCCCCUUUCCUUUCUGGGCGUGUUUUUUUUCUUUUUUUCUUUUUUUUUUUAACUCUCUGAAACCAGCGGCUAUUCUGGUCAGUCGGUGUCGGAGUGGUUUAGGAUGGAUGCCAUCAUGCUGCAAGAAAAACUGGUGGAACGGCUUUUGUGCCCGCGAGUGAGAACGGCCAGACAGAAGGAGAAGCAGUAUGUGGGCUUUGCAACGCUGCCCAACCAGGUCCACAGGAAAUCAGUGAAGAAGGGGUUCGACUUCACGCUCAUGGUGGCAGGAGAGUCCGGGAUGGGAAAAUCCACUCUGGUCAACAGCCUGUUCCUCACAGACCUCUACAAAGACAGAAAACUACUCAAUGCUGAAGAGCGCAUCAAUCAAACCGUGGAGAUCAUCAAACACACUGUAGACAUUGAGGAGAAAGGAGUGAAGCUCAAGCUGACCAUUGUGGACACGCCGGGGUUCGGAGACGCUGUCAACAACAACGAGUGCUGGAAGCCAAUCACAGACUACAUAGACCAGCAGUUUGAGCAGUACUUCAGGGACGAGAGUGGGCUGAACAGAAAGAACAUCCAGGACAACAGAGUCCACUGCUGCCUUUACUUCAUCCCUCCAUUUGGGCAUGGGCUGCGUCCGGUGGAUGUCGAGUUCAUGAAAGCUCUGCAUGAAAAAGUGAACAUAAUUCCUCUCAUCGCGAAAGCCGACUGCCUCACGCCCAACGAGAUAAAAAAGCUGAAAGACAGAAUACGAGAAGAAAUAGACAAGUUUGGGAUCAAAGUGUACCAGUUCCCUGAAUGUGACUCGGAUGAGGAUGAAGAGUUCAAACAGCUCGACAAAGAGCUGAAGGAGUGCACUCCUUUCGCUGUGAUCGGCAGUAACACGGUGGUGGAGGCCCGAGGACAGAGGGUGAGAGGAAGACUCUACCCCUGGGGGAUUGUUGAAGUGGAAAAUCAGUCCCACUGUGACUUUGUGAAACUGAGGAACAUGCUGAUUCGUUCGCACAUGCACGACCUCAAGGACGUAACCUGCGACGUUCACUACGAGAACUACAGAGCGCAUUGCAUACAGGAGAUGACCAGUAAACUGGCUCAGGAUAACCGUAUGGAGAGUCCCAUCCCAAUCCUGCCGCUUUCCACUCCAGAUGUGGACACUGAGAAGCUAAUCAAAAUGAAAGAUGAGGAGCUGAAGAGGAUGCAGGAGAUGCUGAACAAGAUGCAGCAGCAGAUGCACGAUAAGGACCAGUGACGUCUCUGGACCAGACCGUUGCAGCAGCACCUCCUGCUGUUUCUCUCCCUCAACUGACAUUUAGACCUUUAGACUUGGAUAUAAAGUGUUGGUGGCAACUCUGAAUCCACAUUUCCCUUUAUUUUGGUGCUUCAUUUUAUCCGUCUGUUUGGGAAUAUUUCCUUUCUACGAAACCAUCCAUUUGUUGAUUUGUACCCCCUCGCUGUGGUCCUAACACAAAUAAUAUAAAGGCAUAAUUUAACUAUUUAGUGUACCUUAUUUAUAAUGCAACUCUAAACCUUCUGAUUAUAAUGUGAGAGCGUGGUGGGAAGUGUUUUGUAAAGAAAUUUGGAUUGUUUGUGAUGCUGGAUUUUGAUAUGGAUGGUGUGUUUUCUUUUUAAUUAUGCGAUUGUGUGUUUGGAUGUGUGUAACGAAGUUUCCUCUGAAGACUAGGUAUCAGUACGUAAGAUUUACUUUUUCUCACCGCACAAUGUCACACAAUAACUUCUCUCUUAUUAACUUAACUCUAAAGUUGUUUAUAUUUUCUUUUCUUUUUUUAUAUACAUGAGGCUCGACAAAGCAUUCUUCUCACAGCAUUUUUAAUCUAAUGCCUGAGCUGAAAAUGCACUUAUUGCCAGUGGCUUACUGUGACCGGGGAGCUUCUGACGUGAAGCGAGGGCUUGCGCAGUACAGGCUGCAUGUGCAAGCAUGCUGUCAUUCCUCAUAUCCGCUGAACGUUGUGGGCUUAUUUUUAUUGCUUUAUAGCUGAUUCCUUGUGCUUGUAUCAAAUGCAUCAUGGGUGCUGUUUGCUUUUGCUUCUACAUGGUGGUAAAUCUCUACAUUAAAAGAGUAAACUGCUAUAAGUGCUUCAGUUUCAAAUUUCUCUCUUUCCUAUGCCAUUGGAGUUGUGUGUGCUGUAUAUGGUUGAAGAUUUCUUCAGAGAGCGUGCGUGCAUGUGUGUGUGCGUGUGUGUGUGUAUUCUGCCGAUACUGAUGACUUGUACAUACUUUGCCUGAAGGCUGUGAGCUCAGUCUGUGUCCUAUUUGCAAAAGAUGUGA